AGCGGGCAUGGCGGGUGUGGGGCUGCGGGCGGCCGCUCGGCGCUGCCUGCCGCGCCGAGACCACGGCGGGCCGCGAGCCGCCUCGUCCUCGCCCUCCUGUCCUGGUUGCGGCCCUCCGGGUCCCGGCGCCCACUGCCCCGGCGCCCCGCGCUCGGCGCCCGCCGGCGGCGCCGAGCCCAGCGCACACCUGUGGGCUCGAUACCAGGACAUGCGGAGACUGGUGCACGACCUCCUGCCUCCUGAGGUCUGCAGUCUCCUGAACCCAGCGGCCAUCUAUGCCAACAACGAGAUCAGCCUGCGUGAUGUCGAGGUCUACGGCUUCGACUAUGACUACACCCUGGCCCAGUAUGCGGACACGCUGCACCCAGAGAUCUUCACUGCCGCCCGUGACAUCCUGAUUGAGCACUACAAGUACCCGGAGGGGAUUCGAAAGUAUGACUACAACCCCAGCUUUGCCAUCCGUGGCCUCCACUAUGAUAUUCAGAAGAGUCUUCUGAUGAAGAUUGACGCCUUCCAUUAUGUGCAACUGGGGACAGCCUACAGGGGCCUUCAGCCUGUACCAGACGAAGAGGUGAUCGACCUAUAUGGGGGCACCCAGCACAUCCCACUGUACCAGAUGAGUGGCUUCUAUGGCAAGGGUCCUUCCAUCAAGCAGUUCAUGGACAUCUUCUCGCUGCCAGAGAUGGCACUGCUCUCCUGCGUGGUGGACCACUUCCUGGGCCAUGGCCUGGAGUUUGACCAAGCACACCUCUAUAAGGAUGUGACGGACGCCAUUCGAGAUGUGCACGUGAAGGGCCUUAUGUACCAGUGGAUCGAGCGGGACAUGGAGAAGUACAUCCUGCGAGGGGAUGAGACAUUCGCCGUCCUGAGCCGCCUGGUGGCGCACGGGAAACAGCUGUUCCUCAUCACCAACAGUCCUUUCAGCUUCGUGGACAAGGGGAUGCGGCACAUGGUGGGUGCCGACUGGCGCCAACUCUUCGACGUGGUCAUCGUCCAGGCAGACAAGCCCAGCUUCUUCACCGACCGGCGCAAGUAUGGGCCUGGCAGGGGCGAUGGGCCCAGGGAGCGGGGACUGGCCUCUGCUUGCCGCCCUGUGUGCCUGGGGUGGGGGCACCCCCUUGCUGAUGGGCAGGCCUUUCAACCCACCCUAGGCCUUUCAGAAAACUUGAUGAGAAGGGCUCACUGCAUUGGGACCGUAUCACCCGCCUGGAAAAGGGCAAGAUCUAUCGUCAGGAAGUGGCUCCCAGGGCCUGGCCCAAUUGCUUGGCCUCUCUGUGCUGUGCUUUCCUCGUCUGUAAAAGAGGGAAACCUGUUUGACUUCCUGCGUCUGACGGAAUGGCGAGGCCCCCGUGUGCUCUACUUCGGAGACCACCUCUACAGUGACCUGGCGGAUCUCAUGCUGCGUCACGGCUGGCGCACAGGUGCCAUUAUCCCUGAGCUGGAGCGAGAGAUCCGCAUCAUCAACACGGAGCAGUACAUGCACUCGCUGACGUGGCAGCAGGCGCUCACGGGGCUACUGGAGCGUAUGCAGACCUACCAGGAUGCCGAGUCUCGGCAGGUGCUGGCCGCCUGGAUGAAGGAGCGGCAGGAGCUGAGGUGCAUCACCAAGGCCCUGUUCAAUGCGCAGUUCGGGAGCAUCUUUCGCACCUUCCACAACCCCACCUACUUCUCGCGGCGCCUGGUGCGCUUCUCCGACCUCUACAUGGCCUCCCUCAGCUGUCUGCUCAACUACCGCGUGGACUUCACCUUCUACCCGCGCCGCACGCCCCUGCAGCACGAGGCACCGCUCUGGAUGGAUCAGCUCUGCACUGGAUGCAUGAAGACACCCUUCCUUGGCGAUAUGGCCCACAUCCGCUGAGGGUACCUUUAUUGUGUGGACCAGGCCCAGCCCCUGCUGUCCCCACCCACUCUGGGCAAUAAAAGCCGCCUCC